AUGCCCGGCCGCCGGGUGCGUGGUAACGACAGCGGCGACGAAGAGUUUGAAAUACAUGUCGACGAGACACCUCCUACCAAACGCGUCCGUCGCAAUAAAUAUGUUGGCGAGGAAGCUGCCGACAAUCAAGAGGAUGGGGACGACGUCGAAAGCGCCCCAGAGGAGACUGAGAAUGAAGACGACGAUGACGAAGAUAUUGAUGCGGAAGAAGAAGUUAUUCUUCCAACAACACAAAGCUCUCAACACUCGAAGAUCGCUGAAGCAGGAACCAUUGAAAGCAUUGAGCUAUUUGAUUUUAUGUGUCAUGCGCACUUCAAGAUUGAACUCGGUCCGAACCUGAACUUUGUCGUGGGCAUGAACGGAUCUGGCAAAAGUGCAGUAUUGACAGCCAUCACCGUCUGUCUCGGCGGUAAAGCUGCUGCAAGUGGACGAGGAACUAGUGUCAAGUCACUUGUUCGCGAUGGUGCUUCUCAAGCGACCAUCAUCAUUGUUAUGCGCAAUAAAGGCGAAGAUGCUUUCUUGCCAAAACAAUAUGGCGAUCGCAUCAUCGUCGAGAGAAAGUUCAAACUCGACGGCAGUGGCUCCUAUGCCCUCAAGUCAUCUGGCGGCACGCGAUAUGGCUCACGCAAAGAAGAUUUAGAUCAGCUUUGCGACCACUUUGGUUUGCAAAUCGACAACCCUAUGAACAUCUUAUCUCAGGAUUUCGCUCGAGAGUUCCUUGCGCAGUCCACGCCGACAACGCUUUAUGCGCUCUUCAUGAAGGGUAUCGACAUGUCACAGCUUGAGGCAGACCACAACCUGCUCAACGAGCAAAUUGCCACUACGACGACUAUUUUGGAGACGCGCGAAGCAGGUGUUGCUGCCCUCAAGGAGCAGGUUGACGCAGCAGAAAAGAUGUUUGCCACCACCGAGAGUGCCCGUAAAACAAAUGAAGAACUUGAUGCAAUCAAGGAUGAGAUGGCAUGGGCACAGGUCGUUGAAGCAGAAGAAGCACGAGAUGCAUACAACAGCGAAAUUGCCGAGUAUGAAGAGAAGCUCCGUCGUGCCGAAGAAAAGGUCGGCAAGGGCGAGAUCAAGCUGGAGGAAAUCCGCUCGCAGAUGAUUGCACUCCGAGCUCGUUGCAGCGAGAUCGAAGGAGUUGAAUUGCAGCCAAUUAGAGAUCGCAAGGCUGCCAUACUCAAGGAAGUUAACGCUGGCAAGGAAGAAUUGCUGCGCUUGGCUAGUGAUAACCGCGACUUGAUGGAUCAAAUCAAGCGAGCAAAGCGCGAUGUCAUUCAAUGUCAAAAGGCCGUUGAUGAUGAACGCGAAGCACAAGCGACCAAUGCUGCUGGCAGACGUGUACAGCAUCUUGAAGAGCAGAAGAGGACGAUUGAGACCAACCUCGCCAGCGUGCGAGCUCUAGGUGACUCAAUCGCAGCUGAAGCUGAGGAGAUUGCUCGCAACAGAGAGCGCAAGGAGCAUGCUUUGGCCGAUGCUAGCCGCCGCGCGGCGUCACUCAAGGAAGACACAUUCAAGAUGCAAGCGCACAUCAACCAGCAAAAAGAGGCUCAGAAGGACGGCGUUCGUGCCUAUCCCGACGGAAUGCAAAAGCUUCUCGAUGGCAUUGAGCGUAAUAAGUGGGUUCAUAAACCCAUUGGCCCCUUUGGAAUGACAAUGAAGCUCAAGUAUCGCGAAUGGGCCGACAUCGUGGAGAACUAUUUUGGCAGGAAUCUCAAUUCAUUCUAUGUGAAGACUUACAAGGACAAAAUGCAGCUCCAGAACCUCAUGCGAAGUGUGAAUUGCUCAUCGACCAUUGUCUUCUCGACAGACGAUAGCCCAUUCCGAGUCGACGAGCCUGACCCAAAGUAUUUGACAAUUUUGCGAGCCAUUGAAUGGUCAAAUGAGAGUGUCAAACGCCGGUUGCUCAUUAGUCACAGCGUGGGUAAUCAGUUACUCAUCAAGGAUCGUCGCGAGGCAGACGACUUGAUGAACGGGCGAAGCAAACCCGCUCAUGCGCACUGUGCGUAUGCCAUCUCGGCUGAUAAUCCACGAAAGGGUUUCCGUAUCGGCGGCGGUGCUGCUGGUUCUUCUAGCAGUUCGCCAGUGGAUCAAUGGAAUGGUCAAUUUCGGCUGACGACAUUGAGUUCCGCCAUGAUUGAACAAGAGAAGCAACGUUUGAAGCGCAUGGAAGCUGAAUUUAUGGAGGCUGAAGAUGUCUCCCGUACACUUCGUCGUGAGCUCAACGACUUGACCAAGCAACUUGCGGAUUGCGAGUCACAGCGCAAAGGCAAUGUUCGCAAGAUUUCUCGUGCUGAAGCGGAAUUGCGCAAGAUUGCCGAGCAGCUCGAUGAGGUCGAUGUCCUGGAUGAUGGCAAGUUGAGUGGUCUGCUUGAAAACCUGGCAGUGAGUGAGCAGGCUCAAAUAACGCUCGACAACUCCUAUCAAGCUCUAUCAGAGGAGAGGGCAGAGCUCGACAGAGCCCAGCUUGAACGGAAGCUUCUGCUCACUGCAGCGGACAAAGAACUCAAAGAGCUUGAGGGCAAGCUCGCUGGACUCACACCUCAGCUGGAUGAAUUGGCUGAUCAAAUGUCACAACUUGAGGCGCAUACAGACCACUACAGGAAUCAAGUUCCCAAGUAUCGCAAAUCUCUGGAGGAUAGUCAGGCACGCCAAAAGGAGCAAGACAUUGAGGUGCGGAAUAUCACGCGCAUGGCGUCCCAAAUGUGCGCUCGCGUGGAGGUUACCAAGUCUCGGGCACAGCUUAAUCAGCUCUUGAAUACCAAGACAAGAGUGUUGCAGCGAUUGCAGAAGGACUUUGACGGACAAAGUGUCGCCGAGAUUGCAUCUGAGCUGGACCGUGCAAAGACGGCAUACAAGAACGCCACAUCCGAUAUUAAAGAAUUGCAAGAGCUGGUUGAUAUGCUCACCGAAUGCCUCGAUCAGCGCAUCACCGAGCGUGAGCGCUUCAGAAAGCAGAUUUGCCUGCGUGUGCGUUACAAUUUCCAGCAGCAUCUCAGCAACAGAUCUUACAAGGGCAGGAUCAGGUUCGACCAUAAAGCUCAGCAGCUCAUCAUGAAGGUCAGCCCGACCAAGGAGUCUGCAGAGGCUGCGGCUUUGCUUGCGAAAGGAUCUGAGCUCAGUGCAUCAAAAGGCAAGCGUGGCAGGAAUGCUGCAGGUGGCAACAACAAGGGUCUGUCUGGUGGAGAGAAGUCAUUCACAACCAUUUGUCUCUUGCUCUCUAUGUGGGAUGCCAUGAACUGUCCUAUUCGCGCACUCGACGAGUUUGACGUCUUCAUGGAUGCAGUCAAUCGAACUGUGGCACUGUCGAUGAUUACCAAGUCAACAAAUGAAAGUGCCGAUAAGCAAUUCAUCCUCAUUACACCUCAAGAUAUGCAGGGAGUCAAGGAGGACAAAUACACAAAGAUCAUGAUGCUCCACGAUCCUCGCACAAUGCGCAAUAGGCUAACAGCUUCAGCGUAA